AGCACACCAGCAUGGAUCUUGGCUCCUGCAGAUCCCCCUAAAUCUCGAUCCAAAGCAGUAAAUGUGGAAAAGGCACCGCCUCCUGACUUGCAGCACUCAAACAAUGUCCUGCAGUUGCGGUUAAAACCUUCUGUUUUGACACCAAUAGACCGUCUCAGUCACCGCUACGAUGUUCUUGUUCUGGAAAUUUCCAUGGGCUCGUUUUUUUUCUUUCUACAAGUUUCUACGCAAGUGUCCGAGCGUUUUUUUUGGGGGGUGGGGUACAAACAUUCUAAAAAUCUGUAUUUCCUGAUUCCUCUUCGCCCUCCAGAGUGCAUGGCUUCAGCGGGAACCUGCUCAACGGGUCGACGUCUCCACAGGAAGACGGGCCCACUCGUUUGGCGGGAAUUCAGGUUUCUACAGGAGAAAUGCCAACGAGGUGGUUUCUUAAGAAAUGCCUCCCAGAUUCCUAAUUGUAAGCUGCAAGACUCCUUUUACAAUUGGAUGAUGUGAUAUUUCAAUUAUUUGAUUGCUUUGCCAAGUGCUUUGACCGAAUAACACAACCAUGCAGAAGCAAAUAAAGAGCCUUGCGGCAAAACGCCGUCAAUCUUAGAAGCAAAAUCCAAUAAUGCAAGUUUGCUGUAAACUGUGUUUGGAAUAAAGACGAGCGGACAGCUGCGACUUCCCCGCCUGCGGUCCAGCUGACGGUUUCACCCUGGGCCGUUAGUGAUGGAGACAGAAACCACAGAGCUCUCCUUGCUUUGCGCUGUGGUUUCUGAUGGUCAGUGGGUGUAUCCAUCAGCAGCCUGACAAAUUCACAUUCAUCCAAAGCCGCCUCACAGGUUGGUUUUCAGUUUCGGCUCCGUCGGCCGCACUCCCUGUGAAACACCUCCACCUCACGCCUGCGGCGCCGGUGGGAGCUCUGGCCCCAGUAAACGGAUGAGUUUUCACUGAGUGAGGAGGACUCCGCUUGAAACGGCUGGAUGGCACGACGCUGCUGUUGCUUGAGAAAUAUCUUGAUCUGCGUGUGUACACCAUGCUGCUGCCUGACCCUGCUCUACAUCUACGCCAUCGUCACCAUUUACCUGCACAUGAAUUCAAUAAUGUUGAGACACACCCCCAUGGUUUCCCCAAAUCUGCCGAGCCCCCAUUUUGUAGCCGCAGGUGCUUUGAGCAACGGCAGCAGUCCCUCCGUCCCUAAAACCUUCUGGGAACAAGAUCUGCGAAGCGAUGCCUUGUGGAACCAGCUCCAACGGCACGUCGACCGCCGUUUCAACCCCAUCAUCCGCAAAGAAAAGUCCAACACAUUGUUAGAACGAAGUAGCUUUAAUGAGUCUCUGCUGCUCCAGAGCUACUUUGAAGUUACCGGCAUGGACAGCGUGAGGGAGAACUUUGAGAGGCUACCAAAGCAGGUACAAGAAUUUGCAAGUAGCAUGCACAAGAGGAACUACCCUAUCCUCAUCCGACCAGAUGGAAAGUGUGGAGCUCAGUCAAAGCAGGAGAAGGAGCCUCCGCUGAUUCUUCUUGCCAUCAAGUCAACGGCGCUAAACUUCAGGAACCGAUGGGUCAUUCGACAGACUUGGGGUCGGGUCGGAUGGGUGGAGGGACAGAGGAUCAACAGCAGCGACGGAGAUAUGGGCGGAGGAUACAUCCGAAGGGUAUUCUUACUGGGCAAAGAAACCCCAGAAGACCUGGGUGUAGACAUAUCCCAUUUACUAAGAGCAGAAAGUAAGCGUUACGGAGACAUUCUGCAGUGGGAUUUCAAAGACACAUUUUUCAACCUGACUUUGAAGGACGUGCUCUUCUGGAGCUGGUUCUCACGCCACUGCGGUAAGCCUCUCUUUGUCUUGAAGGGAGACGAUGAUGUCUUUGUCAACACCCCAAAGCUGAUCAGCUACCUCCAGGAUCAGCUAGAGAAGCACAGAUCCCGCAACACCCUGCAUGAGUUCAUGGUCGGCGAGGUGAUAGGGUCUGCUUCACCCAAUCGAGUGAGGAGAUCAAAGUAUUUUAUCCCAGAGGGUUUCUACAGGGGGCUCUACCCCAUGUAUGCGGGCGGAGGAGGGGUGGUGUACUCGGGAGAGUUGGCUCGACGCCUGCACAACAUCUCUAAAACAAUUCACCUGUUUCCUAUUGACGACGUCUACGUUGGAAUGUGCAUGAUUCGGCUCAACGCCCAUCCCGUCCACCACCCGGCUUUUCUCACCUUCGACUUCACCGAGAAGGAAGAGGCACAGCCGUGUUCGUACCACACCAUCCUUCUGGUCCACAAGCGAAACCCUAGAGAAGUAGUCGACCUGUGGGCCGACCUGAAAGACACGAGAGAACAAUGUCAGGAUGUACCUCUGAGGGGGGUCAAGUAGAAAAAACAAAGCAACACUGCCACCGAGUGUUUAAGCUCAGUUCAGGACUCUUACCAGAAAAAACAAUGUUAAAAACAGUUCUGAUCCACUGUGACUGCUGCAAUGUGUUUUCCACACAUUGGAAAACUUUUCGUAUGUUGAUUGUACUUCCUUUUGGUGGGUUAUUAAAGUAAUUCCAGGAGUUCCA